ACCUUCGAGCCUCCGGAUAUGUCCUUAGAAUUUGUCCUGUGCUUGCUCAAAUUUGUACAGUUCAAUAAGGAUGGCAACCUAUGCGGUACUCCAUUAGUAACACGACUGUUAUCCACCGCCGUCCUCAAACACUGCCUUUCAAGAAGGUAUAUAUAAGUUUGCACAUACAGAGUUGGCUUGCACAAGCCAUUUCAUUAUUACCACAAUGACAACAGAACAUCUUCAUCCUCAUCACGAGAGUCACGACUAUGUUGCGGCGAACCAACAGUUCUUCGAUGGUCGGGCAGAAACCAUGGACGAAUUCCCUGGAGCCAAAGAAAUGGCAAAGAGGGUAGUUCGUGCAAUGGUAUCGAAGUAUCCACCUCUUUUCAAUGAGGAUACAACUACCGCGAUGGACUAUGCUUGUGGUAAUGGCUUGAUUUCCAGGGAACUCUGUCCUCACGUGAAGUCAAUCGUCGGCGUUGAUAUCAGUCAAGGAGUUGUCGAUCAGUACAACCUACGCGCCUCUAAUCAAGGCCUUGAGCCGACAGAGAUGAAGGCCAUACGCGCGGAAUUGAAAGGUGAAGACACUGAACUUGACGGCACCAAGUUCGAUAUCAUUGUGUGUUCAGCAGCCUAUCAUCAUUUCCCCUCUGUCGAUGACACCACUCGUAUUCUGACUUCGUUCCUGAAGCCAGGAGGAUCCCUCUUAGUUGCAGACCUCAUGAAAAAAGACGAUGGUCGAGAAAUCUUCGCCAAAGACCAUCACCAUGUCGUUGCACAUACCGCCGGUUUCGGUGAAGAGGAUAUGCGUCAGAUAUUCACCAAAGCCGGUCUAGUAAACUUUGACUUCAGCCAUAUCACGGCGGUCAAGCUUCAUGGUAACGACAUGGAUGUCUUCCUGGCACGAGGCGUGAAGCCAGUGCAGUGAUUUCAAGAUAUAUCUGUAUUGGUGGAGAUACAUUGAUGAUACUUGUACAAUACCUUAGGCUACGAUACACUAUGGGUUAGAGGUGCUAUCAAUACGGUAUA